AUGGAUCUCUCUCUUGCACUCGAAGACACUCACGUUCUGAUCACAGGUGGUACGGGGUUUAUCGGCUCCUCCACGGUCUCUUCUUUUCUGGCCGCAGGAGCUAGAGUAACAUCACUCGAUUUGAAGCCUCCCCCAGAGGAGGAGAAUCCCAGGUUCCAAUUCUUGACUUGCGAUAUCUCCUCAGAAGAGGACUUGGCAUCAGCUUUUGAAAAUGCUGCUAAAACCUUUGGUCCUGUAGCAACCUGCAUUGCACUUGCUUCACUAGACCUAUCUGUGCUAGACCACCACGAAAGUCUUGCAGACAUGAACAUUGAACAAUGGCGGAAAACGCAUCGUGUAAACGUCGAAGGGACAUUCUUGACAGCUAGAACUUGGCUCAAAUCUUUGAAGAAUCUAGCUGGCACAGAAGAAGCAACAUUACUGGCCAAAAAUGUAAGUUUAAUCAUCAUUGGGAGCGAGAGUGGGUGGUUUGGAGAAAGAGGCAAUGCAGACUACGCUGCUGGUAAAAGUGCCGUUCAAUGGGGUUUAUUGAAGAGCUUGGUAGGAGAUGUUGGCAGGAUCUGGCCAGGUGCUAGAGUGAAUGCUGUCGCACCGGGGCCAGUUGACACUGUCCAAUUCCAAAAAGAGUGUCAGCAAAAUCCAGAUCAGUAUUAUCUUGACGCGCAAGCUACCACGGGCUUGAAGCGACCAGUUCCGCCUCAGGAUGUGGCCAAAUCAAUAUUGUUCUUGGCCAGCCAAAAUUGGAGUGGCAGUAUUACAGGUCAUGUACUGAACGUCGAUUGUGGGAAACAAGGCAAGGUGAUGUGGACGAAGGAUGAUUUGCAUGGCAACUGA